AUGGAGACCACAGCGUUUGGCAGUUUGCUUGUUCUCCUGAUGUUCAGCUCCGCUUGCUCCACGUGCCUCCCGUCCGACUUCACCCUCUAUGUGGAGAAGCCUGAAUGUAGCUUCUGCGUGGCCAUCAACACCACGAUUUGCAUGGGCUAUUGCCGCACAAUGGACCAAAAGCAAAUAAAAAACACCAAGAAACUUCGAAACUUCUUAACUCUAAGCGCAACAUAUUGA